AUGGAAGCACAGAUAGAGGAACUGAGACUACAGCUGGAGAAACAAUGCCAGCUGAACAAGGAGCUGCAGAACCAGAACCAGGCCCUGGAGGAACGACUGAAGCAGAAAGAAAAAGAACUGGGAGAAUUGCAGAGUCAUUUGGAUGAGCUGGAUGUGUCCAGUCCCCAUGACAAUAAUGAGAGCACCCAGGAGGUCCGUCAGAGCCGAGCCGCCGUCCUGGCCAUCGAGCCAAUCCCAGAGGACCUGGACCUGACAACCAAACGGGUUCAGAAGACCGCCAGUGAGAAGGCUCAGAUUAUGAAGGCGAUAGGGAAGAAUGAUUUUCUCAGUCGUCUGGAUGAUGAACAAAUUACUAUGAUGGUGGAGCUGCUGAGGGAGGUGGACCGUUGCCCUGGAGAUGAGGUCAUCAAAGAGGGCAGUGAGGGAGACAGCAUGUACAUUGUUGCAGCGGGAGAACUCAAGGUCAUCCAGGCUGGACGUGACCUUCGAACUUUGACAUCUGGAGAUGUGUUUGGAGAGCUAGCCAUUCUCUACAACUGCAGGCGUACUGCUUCAGUCAAAGCAAUCACUGCGGUCAAGUUAUGGUGCAUUGAACGUCAGACGUACAGAACCAUCAUGACAAACAAAUCAAAGAAGAAACGAGAACAACUCAUGGGCUUCUUAAAGACAGCUCAGACCCUGAAGGGCCUCAACGAUCUUCAACUGUCCAAGAUCAUCGACUCCAUGGAGGAGGUGAGGUUUCAGAAGAAUGAGGUCAUUGUUCGUGAAGGAUCAGAAGGAAACUCUUUUUACAUUAUUCUCCAAGGAGAGGUCCUGGUGACCAAGAAAGUGAACGGCCAACAGAAAAUAAUCCGCAAAAUGGGCCAAGGAGAGCACUUUGGAGAACAGGCGCUCAUUCGAGAGAUUCUGCGAACAGCCACAUGUACUGCAGUAGGAUCUGUCACCUGCUUCUCCAUCGAUAAAGAGGUGUUUGAGGAAACUAUUCCCGUUGAGACACUUCAGCUUUAUGAUGACUCCAAAUUCAUGGAGAAUCCAACGACCCCAGAGAGAACGAGUACCAGCACCUCUCUCAGACUAAAGGACCUCAUCCCUGUCCUCUACCAGGAGGGACGGUACCAGGGAGAACCCGUGACACUCGGGGUGGGCGGGUUUGGCCGUGUGGAACUGGUAACAACAUUGCACCAUGGGAAGUACUAUGCCAUGAAGAAGGUCAGCAAAAAGCACAUUGUUUCCAAACGACAGGAGCAGCAUGUUCUCUUUGAGAAGAGAAUUCUACUGGCCAUCCAGUGUGACUUCAUCGUCAGGCUCCACGCUGCAUUCAAAGACGCGCGAUACAUCUAUAUGAUCAUGGAGUUCUGCUCUGGUGGAGAGAUAUGGACCAAACUCAAAGAAUUUGGCCGUUUUGAUGAAAACACCGCGGUGUUCAUUGCUGCAUGUGUGGUGGAAGCCUACGCCUAUCUUCAUAAGAAAGGCGUAAUGUAUCGUGACCUUAAACCAGAGAACCUAAUGCUCGACGCCAAAGGAUUCGUUAAACUGGUGGAUUUUGGAUUUGCUAAGGAGCUGUCCAGAGGGGUGAAGACGUACUCUUUCUGUGGGACUCCCGAAUACAUGGCUCCUGAGAUCAUUCAGAACCAGGGCCAUGACUUUGCCGCUGAUUUUUGGUCCCUCGGCAUCCUGGUCUUUGAGUUGCUGGUGGGCAGCCCUCCCUUCUCGAGCUCAGAGCCACAGAAGAUUUAUGCUAAGAUUCUGGACGGGGUCAUGAAGUUUCCCCCUUAUAUGACUGAGGCGGCAAGGUCUCUCAUCAGCAAACUGUGCAGACCACGCCCGGGUCAGAGGUUAGGGAACACCAAAAACGGAAUCAAAGAUGUUCGACAUCACAGAUGGUUUAACAGUAUAAACUGGCAUAAGCUGAGAAUGGGACAAGUGGAAGCUCCAACAGUGAAACUUAUCCGUAAGGGCCCGUGCUACAUAAACUUUGACCGGUUCCCGUUUGAUAAGACCCAGGCUGAUGAGGAAUUCUCUGGAUGGGAUCGUGACUUCUGA